GUUCUCUCCACCUAUUCCCUUUUAUCGAGAGAGAUGGCUGGAGGGGAUAAAAAGGAGGAGCUAACGCUGGAGCAGACGCCUACAUGGAUUGUGGCAGUGGUUUGUUCCAUUAUAGUCAUCAUCUCCCUUGUGGUGGAGAGACUCCUCCAUCUUCUUGGCAAGUAUCUAAAAAAAAAGAAUCAGAAGCCUCUCUUCAACGCCCUCCAGAAAGUAAAAGGAGAGCUGAUGCUGGUGGGGUUCAUCUCCCUCCUGCUGACGGUGUUCCAGGACGAAACUCAGCGCAUCUGCAUCCCCAAGACUUGGAACCACCACAUGCUCCCCUGCGACUAUGACUCCUCCUCCGCUGCGGCCGGCGGCCGGCGGCGGAUCCUCGCUGCAGGUGGUUCCAGCACGGAUUACUGCACCAAGGUGAAGGAUAAGGUCCCAUUAUUGUCCAUUACGGCAUUGCAUGAGCUGCACAUCUUCAUCUUUGUUUUGGCGGUCACUCAUGUAAUUUUGAGUGCUUCCACUGUGGUUUUAGGAGGAUUGAAGAUACAUCAGUGGAAAAGCUGGGAGAAUUCAAUUCACCAGGAUGAAGCAAGAAAUGAGAAGGUCACUCUCAUAAAUCAAUUUAAAUUCAUCACGGACCACUUUCAUGGAAUUGGGAAACUAUCCAGAUUGCUACAUUGGUUGCAUUCUUUUGUAAAACAAUUUUAUGGAUCUGUGACCAGAUCAGAUUACACAACAAUGAGACAGGGUUUCAUCAUGACAUAUUGCAGGGGGAACCCAAAAUUCAAUUUUUACAGGUACAUGGUAAGGGUUCUGGAAGCUGAUUUUAAAAAGGUUGUUGGUAUCAGAUGGUAUUUCUGGAUUUUUGUGGUCAUCUUCUUAGUGAUGAAUAUUCAUGGUUGGCGAACAUAUUUUUAUGUAUCUUUCAGUCCAUUGGUUCUUCUACUGGCUGUGGGCACCAAGCUGGUGCAUGUCAUGACUCAGUUGGCCAAGGAGGUUGCCGAAAAGCAUUCAGCCAUAGAAGGAGAUUUAGUUAUCAAGCUCUCUGAUAAUCUCUUCUGGUUUCACCGACCUCGGAUCGUACUCAUCUUGAUUCAUUUUAUUCUCUUCCAGAAUGCCCUUGGGAUUGCAUUAUUCUUCUGGUUAUGGAUGACCUUCGGCUUUGCCUCCUGCAUCAAUGGACCUCUAGGUUUUAACAUCACCAGACUUGUAAUCGGGGUGACCGUUCAGAUUCUUUGCAGCUACAGCACCUUGCCACUCUAUGCCAUCAUCACCCAGAUGGGGAGUUCAUUCAAAAAAGUGAUAUUUGAUGAGCAUAUUCAAGAAGGCCUUGUAGGCUGGGUUCAGGAGGCAAGGUUGAGGGUUGGGCAAAGAGCAGACAGCCAUAAAACUGGACCAAGCCAUGUUGGACCAAAGGAUGGGACUGUGGCAGUUCGUAUACCAGAGAUAUCUGAUCAGGGAAAGUUGACGGUAGAGGAGGAGGGGAAUGCUGGGCUUUUUAGAAGAAACACAUCAAAAUUAUCUGUGUAAUGACAAACUAGCUGAAUCCUUCUAUUGUAUUGUCCUAGGAUUUUUAAGUCAAAUAUCAUGUUCAUACAAUUGAAACAUCCAAAAAGCCAUAACAUGUAUCAUACUACAGGUGUAUAUUAUGAGAUUUUGGAAAGGUGGAUGAUACUUUAUCAAUGUCCUUGCAUGCGAAGCAUUAGGCCAAUCUGCGGACAUUGAAGGGAUAGAUGAUCAAAAUAAAUGACAAUUUCUUAUCAUUAUUUUU